CUCUUUCCUACCUGCGCCAACGUGAGACACCGCCCCGGAGGGAACACUGGGUGGCGCCAAACCAUUCAACCCUCAUUUCUAACACACACACAACAAUCAGAGUAGAAGAAACGAAGAGGAAAUGUCUGGAGGACGAAGCUAGCUGCUGAGCUAAUGUAAACAUCCACAGACAGGAGACGGGAGCCGGAGAGACGACAGCGCUGCUUGUUCUCCUGCGAAUGUAGACGUCAAUCCUCCUGAUUUUCUGCAAAGAUGACAAGCCAGCGGCGAAGGAUCCACCUGGACCAAUCAGACCUGCUUUGCAAGAAUGGAUGUGGUUUUUAUGGCAACAAUGCUUGGCAGGGCCUGUGCUCAAAGUGCUGGCGAGACGAAAACCAGCGAGAAAAGCAAAAGCAAAUUCAACAAGACUGGGCACUUGCUGAGAGGCUUCAGAGAGAGGAAGAGAAAGCAUAUGCGAGCAAACAACCAAGGGCAGAGUCACAGCCUACCAUCACACCCUUCAGCAAGUUUGAAGAAAGAAAAACGAAGGAAAAGUCCAGCAAAGUUAACACAGUCACAAAGUUUUUUAUUCCUUCCAUCAAAACACCACCAAAAAAGGAUGCUGCUCCUUUUGACUCACAGUCCAGCCCAAGCCCGAGCACCUCGUCAAGCCAGCGUUCCUCUGUGGACAGUGACCUCUCAAUGCGAGAGCUCAUUGAUUUUCUCAAGCCCAUGAAGUCUGGCAGGGAGAUCUUCAAACAGUGCCGGGCCUUCACUGAGAGCAUGGUCUAUAAGCGGAACAUGGGUGCUGAUGAGCUGUCAGAGUGUGUGCAAGACUUCUACCAGAACCUCUCAGAUCGCCUCCAGACUCAGUUCAAAGGUUCGUCAGAUCAGGUACAGAACGUUAUGGAUGAAGUAGAGAAGUACGUUAUGAGUCGUCUCUACAAGGAAGUGUUCUGUCCUGAAACCACAGAUGAUGAGAAAAAGGAUCUGGUCAUUCAGAAGAGAAUCAGAGACUUGCACUGGGUCACCAUUGAGAUGCUGUGCUCUCCAGUGGAUGAGGAGAUCCCUGAGGUUUCUGACAAUGUAGUCAAAGCCAUCACAGAUCUGAUCGAAAUGGACUCGAAGCGCGUGCCCAACGACAAACUGCGGUGCAUGACAAGCUGCAGCAAGCACAUCUUCAACGCCAUCAAAGCCAGCACGAAUGAGGCUGCAUCUGCGGACGACUUCCUCCCGACACUUAUCUACAUAGUGCUAAAAGCAAACCCUCCACGACUGCAGUCCAACAUCCAGUACAUCAACCGCUUCUGCAACCCCAGGAAGCUCAUGACUGGAGAGGAUGGUUACUACUUCACUAAUUUGUGCUGUGCGGUGGCCUUCAUUGAGAAGCUGGACGGUCAGUCUCUGAACCUAACCUCUGAGCAGUUUGAUCUCUACAUGUCGGGCCAGGCGUCCCCCCACUGGCCAAAUACCAAUGGAGCUUCCUCCUCCUCAUCCUCCUCAGGCAGCGCAGCUCUUAGUCAGGUCCACAAACGGCUAGACCUGCUAACAGGGCUCGGGGAAAGGCAGGAACUUGUCAUGGAGAAAGCUCGCCAGCUGAAGAGCGACCUCAUCGACUGGACAGAUGAAGUGGAGCAGAAGGUGCAGUGCGCUCUGGAGAACUUCCCACCAGAGACGGAAAACCUCUCUGCAACCACAGCGAGCGGGUCUGCAACACAGUCAGCAAUUGACGCUGAUAACAUUGAGAAUGAGCUGCUGCCUCCACCACUACAGCCACAGGUGGUUGACGUGUAGAUCUCUGCUCUAAAAAAAUCUAGAGGCCCCCCCCCCCUCUCACUGUUAACGUUUUUGUGCACUCCAAUUUCCACUCCAGCCACCUCCAUUCCAUCCAUCCAUUUUCCUCAUUCAUAGGAGAUCUGCAUGAAGCCCCCUGAUGGGAGUGUCUGCCCCCCUUCUACAUUUGUGAAAAUAGGAUAAAUGGUGGGAUGUGAGUUUGAAACAGGUCUCUCUGGUUAUAUUCAACUUCCCAGAUAAGGGUUUGUAUGUCAUUUAUGUUGUGAUAUUUCCUGGUGUAAAACUGAUCCUACAUUGCCUCUACACUCUACGCCUACUAUUAUAACAGUAAAAAUGUGUUUUUGGUAAAGGAAAUGGAGAAAUCAGAAUGAUUCAAAACAUAACUUCCCCUUACUAAAAAAAAAAAAAACCUCCAGCUCAUGCUUUCUGAUGAAUUCACUGUUCUCUGAACUGUGGGGAAAUUUGGGGCAAGAAAAAGCAUGGACAUGUUCUGUUAAUGUUGACAAAUCUUAAAUCCUUUCUGCUGUGUGUGUGUUUGUGUGUGCGCGUGUGUGCGUGUGGAUAUUGUCACGUUUUCAUGCCAGACCUCUCACUCCAGACAUAAGCUGGAUGUACAGUGAUUUUAUUUUUCUAUAGAGUGGCAGGUAUCAAUUCUUCUGGAUGCAAUAGGAGACACAAAUCCUGUAAUAUUUACAGUAGUGCUAUUGUUAAAGAAAAUAGUGUGAAAACAUGUUACAUGAAUCCUAAUGGUCGAAUAGUAAAAAGCUCCAUCAUUCAUUAAUCUUCUCAAGCAUCUCCCAUUAAAAGUACUUCAAGUAAUCAGCUCUUAGAUGAAAUAUCCAAAUCAGAAAUACUUUUUAUAGAUCCCUGGGGAAAUUGGGUUUUGUGAUUAUCAUUAAUUGAUUAUUUUGCUCUGUCAGAGAUAUGGGGUUGACAAGGAGAAGAUGCUGUUUCCUCCCAACUCCAAAACGUACAAAUCCCCCAAAUCAGUUUUUAUUAAUGCAGAGAAAUACAUAGAACAUCAACCAGCUCAGUUUAUUUUACAGCACGUUCAGUCUCUUUAAUUUUAAAGCUCUUAAGAAAGACAUUGAAUGAAGGAAGUAAUUGCUAUAUUCAUUUGAAAGGAUGAUUGCUGAAAACAGUGUUAUGGGCUGUUUCCACAUGUUCUUCAGCUGUGUGACAGUCCUGAGAAGAUGUUUGAAAAAUAUGAAAGGCACAUAUUAUUUUUUUUAACCAAUGCUCAUCAACUAAUGUUUCCUUUUAUUGCUAGAUCUGAAUCUUUUUAGUUUUUUCAGUGUGUAGUUACUUUCUGAUUUUAAUUAGACAAACUAAAACAUUUAAUGCAAACAACAACUUGAAUAUUGCACUGUAAGCAGAAGCCAUUUAUGAGUCAGAAACAUCUUUGUAACCUUAUAGGUUUGUAAUUGUAACAUUCGAGGAAGUAACUAAAUACUGCCUUUUAUUUAAAUGUAACUUAUUGGGGCAGUAUAAGUAUUAUUUGAUUCUAUGGGUGUGUGAUAAUUAAUAAAAAUUGAAAAUGCAUGUGUGCUCAUGUGCAGUUCCUGUUUCACAUGACUGUCAUGAGUUUGCAAGUGAAGAACUGCAUGCAAAUACAGCAUUUCUGGAAUUAUCCUUUUUCUCCAGUGUGUGUUUAUAUUUUUAUGUUGUGUAAUAAUGGAAAAGACUCAUUUAGUUUAUGAUAGAUACAGAACUUUCAGAUUUGUAUAGUCAACAAUAAAAGCCUAAAUACAAUGAGA